AUGAAACCACCUUCAAAGCGCUCCAUCAUCACCACCUACACGGAAGAGCGCUUGUUAAAUGGAGAAAAGAUGAUUUGCUGUGUCCUUGGAGAAAAUUGUUUAUACGAGCAGAAAGUAUUUCGUCAGUCAAAUUUCGAGCGUCACUUCCGACUCUGCCACCCGGUGGAAUAUGACCGCUUGUGUAUUGGUCCAUCUGCUGCAAAGAGUAGCAGUCCGAAUAUGGAACCAGCUAUAACGAUUAGAAUGACAAAGCAACGGCUAGUAGGUGGAAUUAUCAAGAUGGUGGCCAUACAUGGACUUCCGUUCGAAGCCACGGAAUGGGAAGGAUUUCGGGAAGUGGUAGAUCCACUGCUCAGGGCCUAUAACUUGACCAUCAAUAGACACAACAUUACUCAGUACGUGACAAAAGCCGCAGAAGGUAUCGAUUGGAUGAUAGGCCAAGCGUUGAACGGGAAGCUGAUUUCACUCAAAUUAGACAUUGUAUCAAAAAUGUAUCGAAGCAUGCUGGGAAUCAACUGUCAAUACAUAAACAACAGUGGAAUUGUUGUAAAACGAAAUCUUGGUAUUAUUGAGCUGCACAAUCGUCACACUAGCCAAAACAUCAAAGAAGAGCUGGUAAAAGUGUUGAAAACCUUCAACGUGGAAAUGUGGCAAAUAAUGUCCAUCACAAUUGACAACGCGUCAAAUAUGGUCAAAUUAGUUGAUAUUCUGUCAGAUGAGAUCGAAUAUCUACUGGAGGUUGGAUUUGAGUAUCGUGGAGAAGUAGCGACCGAUGACAUAACCACGUUUAACGAACUUGACGCUGAUGAUGAUUUUGAUACGCUUGAUGAUUCCCUUGAGAGACCUGCAGUUCUGGAGUGGGUACGCGUUUUGGAGGAGUUUGCACCUAAUGCUUUCAUUACCGCUAUUCGUUGUGGAGCCCACACCACUCAGUCGGUGGUCCACGACGUUUGCAAGGAGAUUGAACCCAAGGAUAUUCUGAAAGAGAUCAGGAAGAAGGUGAAGAAGUUCCGAUCGACUGAAUAUAAAGCGUUCUUUGACGUCAGUGAAGGAGGUUCAUAUCCACCACUUCCAAACGAAACUCGUUGGAAUUCGGAUUAUAAAAUGUUGCAUGAACUUAUAAAACGGAGAACAUUUUUCGAGAAGCUGGGAACACAAUAUUCUGUUUUGGACCUAUCAAACUAUUGGAACUUUAUUAAGGAAUAUGUAACUGCAUUUAAUCCGUUGUAUCAAUGCACCACCGCUGUACAAAAACUUGAGUUAAGUCUAUCAGAUUUUUACAUCGAAUGGAUUCGAGCAUAUGGUAGUAUUCGGGAGUUAGAAGGUUCUAAUCGAUUCAAAACAAAGCUCAUUAAUGUAAAAUUGUAA